AUGGAUUUCGAGGUCUACUUUGUACCUGACGAGUGGUAUUCCAAGGACGAGGUCGAGCGCGAUCGCAUCAGAUCUCUCGUUCGAAACAGCUCGCAAAGGCCCAAAAAUGCUAUAUACGCCAACGUCGUAAGCGGCUGGCAUAUCAGUACUGCAGACCGAAGGACUCACGUCACUGUUGACUACUGUAUUGUCAAAGAAGAAGAGUUCGAGCGCAAGCAUGUCGUAGACCCGAGAUAUUGGACGGGUAGGAGGAGGGCAGGGAAGGGAAAGUCAGCCUGGAAGUCGACUAAGAAGUCAACUCCGCCUUCUGGCUGAAGAUGAACUGUGGCAUCACAACAUCCCCGUGUCGUCACAACGUCUCUGUGUCAUCAC